UUUAACUGUCUAGUUCCUUAAAAUUCUCCAACCUUUGCUUCUUCUGCUAUCUUUCUUCAACCUCUUUCUUUCUUCUUCAACGUCGACGUGUGUCUGCAACAAACACAUAUAUAUAUUCCUGCUUUUUUUCUUAAUCCAUCAAGAAUUUACCUCAUCUUUAUUGUUCUUGAUUAAAACAUACAUAUAGAUAUGUUGGAAGAAGGAGGUGUAGUUGUGAACCAAGGAGGGGACCAAGAGAUGGUGGAUUUGCCUCCAGGGUUUCGGUUUCAUCCAACUGAUGCAGAGAUCAUAAUUCACUAUCUCAAAGAGAAGGUCUUCAACGUUCGAUUCACCUCGGCUGCAAUUGGUCAAGCCGACCUUAACAAGAACGAGCCAUGGGAUCUACCAAAAAUUGCAAAGAUGGGGGAGAAGGAGUUUUACUUCUUUUGCCAGAGGGAUCGGAAGUACCCGACCGGCAUGAGGACGAACCGUGCAACCGUGUCCGGUUAUUGGAAGGCGACCGGGAAGGACAAGGAGAUCUUUAGAGGCAAAGGUUGUCUUGUUGGGAUGAAGAAAACACUUGUGUUCUAUAGAGGAAGAGCUCCAAAAGGUGAAAAGACCAAUUGGGUUAUGCAUGAGUAUCGUCUUGAUGGCAUCUAUUCUUAUCACAACCUCCCUAAAACCGCAAGUGAUGAAUGGGUGGUGUGUAGGGUUUUCCACAAGAACGCUCCUCCUCCCACUACUACAGCUACUACUACUACUACAAAUCAACUUACAAGGAUUGAUUCUCUUGACAACAUUGAUCAUCUCUUAGACUUCUCGUCUCUCCCUCCUCUCAUCGAUCCGGGUUUCUUGAGUCAGCCCGGCCCAAGCUUCUCCGGUGCCGGCCAACAACACGACUUCAAACUCAUCUCUCAUCACCCUACAACCGUGCAGAUCAACAACACUUACCCAUCAGCCCAAACCCUCACUUACCCUUAUAACUCGGUGCCAAAUUAUGGAUUUGGUUCUGGUUAUGGGACUGGUUCCGGCAACAAUAACAACGGUAUGAUCAAGCUGGAGCAUUCUCUGGUGAGUGUGUCUCAAGAAACCGGUUUAAGUUCCGAUGUGAACACAACCGCCACGCCGGAGAUAUCUUCUUCGUAUCCAGGGAUGGUGAAUACUGCGGCCAAUGCGGCGAUGAUGGAUGGUAACAAGACGUCCUACGAUGAUGAUGACUUGGGGAUCUUUUGGGACGACUACUAACUAAUUUGAAGGUGUUAUUAUUAGUUGUGAAUCUGUGAGUGGCACUGAUUACUUUGCUUAGUGAUUUUAAUUAGGGAAUUAGUUUGUUUAUAAAUCCACUUGGAUUAUUAGGUGUUCCUAGGCAAUGAACUUUAGGUAGACGAAAUUGUUUACUUAGUUUUUAGUUUGGGAUAAAAAAAACUUUGCAAUUUGCAAUACAUUUCCUUGUGAUUAACUUGUGUAUAUAUACACAUAUAUAUUUCUUCGUAUGAUUUUAUAUCUUUGUUAUGAAGUUUCUUGUUAUUUUAUAUAAAUAAAUUUG